GGAGUAUGGAACCUCAAGGCAUGGCACAGGAACUGCUCGCCUGUUAUCACGACCUCCAUAGUCAUCUCCAUGAUCCAGAGCGCGUACGAGAACAUCUCCCACGCUGGACGCAGCUGCAAAAAUGGUUUGCGCAGGUCGCUGCCGAUGGAACCCUCAGCCGGGAGACUGCUAGAGCAGGGCUAUCUGUCAGCAAGAACAUCUCGAGUAUAGUGACACGCAUACUAGAGCUGGAGGACACGUCGUACCGUGCAUUAGCAGAGGUCUCGGCCUGCACUACAGAGAUCAUGGAAGGGUGGAAAGCUGGAACCAGUAUCAAUUUGGCGACAAGGAAAAAGCGCUCUUGGGCAAGCCUUUCCUCUCCUUCACCAUUCACCGCAUCAAAGCGUCCGCGACCUCUCUCACCCUCCCCAGAAACCCUCUCGGCCGCUCAUGAAAUCUCUUCAUCGACACUCCACCACCCCACCUCCCCCGGCCUCACCCCCCAAUUCCCUCAUUCCUCCAUUCCCCCUUUCACGACCCUAUUGUCCCCCCCAACCGACCCAAUCCGCACGUGGUUCAUCUCCCAUCUCGCCUCCCCCUACCCAACCCCACUCGAAAAAGUCGAACUAGCCACAUCAGCCAAUAUAACAACCAACAAGCUCGAUUCCGAUUUAGUCAACUGGCGUCGAAGAUCCGGGUGGGCGAAUGUUAGGGAUAAGUAUUGCGGUGGGAACAAACAUCGAACUGAGAGGUUGAUCGAAGAUGUUUUAAGUGGGAAAGAAAGGAGGAAAGAAAUUUUGAGAGAUGUCGAAAAGGUUAGAGCGUAUUUAG